AUGUCUACUGCUGCUACUGCCGCUACCGCAAUUCCCGAUAUCAAAUGGGAUAAGGCCCGAAUCCAGCUUCUCCUCAGCGAGAGCGAGGUAGAAGAGAAUCGGAAGGUUCUGUAUGGGAAGCAACACGGAGAGAACUCCUCGGCCGGCAGUAAGGCUGCUGUUGGCAAACGAAUGGCGAUGAAGGUUGCCCCGGAGGUGUACGCGCAAAAUGCCACGGUCGCGGGGAAGCGUGUCCUGGGUAAAUGGAACUCGCUGAAUGGGAUAUACAAGUCGCAGGCCGCCUUGUUACAUCAGACAGGCGGUGGUCUUCAUGACGGGCAGGUCCUAGCCCUUCCUCUCAUUACAGGUGAUGCACCCGACGACGAGACCACGCCGGAGGGCCGAAAUCUCUGGGAUAACAUCGUCUCGAACUACUUCUGGUUCCCGACGUUCUGGCGCUUGAAGCACGAACGCCCAAACACCAUCCCGCCUGCCGUUCACACCGGUAUAGGCCCGCAAGGCGCCUACACCACGUAUUAUCAAGUUGGGCCUCCCGGGCCGUCUUCGGCACAGCCGCGUGACCCGAAUAUCGACCCAGAGCUCUACAAUCACCAAGGUGUAACAGCCCCGCAACCAGCUCCCACACCUUCCUCGCAGCCAGCUCCUGCUGCAGCACCUGCUGCAGCACCUGCUCCCAACCCUCCUGCAGCUGCCUAG